AUGCUUCCAUCUUCACCAAUCCAAGAUGAGAUCAGCAAAAUCUCUGACAAAGCACGGAGCAUAGGCAUCUUGGCUUCCCCGUCCACCCUGCAGGAUCUUUACAGACAGAACCUGUGUGACGUGGAGGCCCAUUUCUGGCGGGAGCUCAAUGCUGCUGGCUCAAUCUAUGAAGUCAUUCUGGCAGAGGAGAAGUGCAGGGAGCGCUGCCACACAGUUUCCACGACGCUUCUAUUGGACUUGCUGAAGAAGCAGGCUGACUUGUACAGAACGGGUCCACCUCCACCCACCACCCUGCUCCUUGGCCUGCAUCUUGUGGCGAAGCUUUGGCUUGAUCCUGGGGAGGUUGUCCGCUUGCUGGCUUGUGGGAUGGGUUGUUUGUUCCUUGCCGAGAGCUGGGCCACCUCUCCGGAGUGGCGGGCGCUGAGCCUGGAAAGCGUUGAAAGAGUUCUGUCCGGUACAGCCUGCCCUGCCCUGCGCGGUCUUGUCGGCAAGCAGGUCAUAGCCAUCUCCACCAUUGGCUGGAUUGCACAAGUGCCCACAUUCACCCACUUACACGAAUUACAUAUCGCAGAGAUGCCUGGAGAGAAAAUGUCUGAAAUACUCGAGCUUCCCAGACUGAGGGUGCUGAACGUGAAUCAGUUGUCUGGACUUCUCCCUCUUGACAUGCAACCCCAGGCCCCGCGGUUAGAGAUCUUGAUGGGGCCAGGUAGGCUAGCGUCAGUCUUGGCUUGUCCGAAUUUACAGAAACUCCUGGUCCGAGUAGACAUCGGUGCAGAUGCGUGCAGCCUGACGCCAGCUCUCCAGUCGAGAUCGUUGGUUGCCCUGGACAUCUUGGACCCACACCGCAAGUUUACGUUGCGAAGCUUAUUCACAGCGAUUCGCAAUUCCGGGCUUCCAUUCCUUCAACGGUUCGUGUACCUUCGCACUGCUGCUAGCAAGAAUCACGACCUGUUUGAAGGCACCCUGCUCGCAUUUCGAUCGUCGCUGCCCAUGCAAACCUUGAAGUUUGCCUGUUUGAGCCUCAACGAAAGUCCGGAUCGCAAGGAGAGGCUGGAGACCCAAGUGGCUAGCAUCAUUCAAAGGGCACCUGAACUGGAGUUUUGGGUCCCGGACUGGCCCGGGGAUCCCCCGAAUCUUCCCGGUCUCUUCGGGAGUCAGCUCGGAGACUGGCCUUUGAAGCUUGAAUGCGUGAGAAGCCCGAACUUCGAGGAUCUCGCAUAUCACCGCCUCCCGAUCUUCACGGAAAAGUUCAGGGGCUUGGCGACCCCAGGCUUCAAGUUUGGAGCGCCUCCUCCUGAUGCCAGAGGCUACCGGACUGAGCCGAACUGA